AACUAGUCAAUCAGCCAGCAGCCCCUUCUUUCUUACCCUAGUCUCCAGUCCUCCAGUGUUCACAGGUGAGCUCCCCAACAGCCACUGUUCACGAUGGAGGCCAUCAAGAAAAAGAUGCAGAUGCUGAAGUUGGACAAGGAGAAUGCUCUGGAUCGGGCAGAGCAAGCUGAAGCCGAGCAGAAGCAGGCAGAAGAAAGAAGUAAACAGCUGGAAGAUGAGCUGGUAGCCAUGCAGAAGAAGCUGAAAGGGACAGAGGAUGAGCUGGACAAGUAUUCUGAAGCUUUGAAGGAUGCCCAGGAGAAGUUGGAGCUGGCAGAGAAGAAAGCAGCUGAUGCUGAGGCUGAGGUGGCCUCCUUGAACCGUAGGAUCCAGCUGGUUGAAGAGGAGCUGGACCGUGCUCAAGAGCGCCUGGCCACUGCCCUGCAAAAGCUGGAGGAAGCUGAGAAAGCUGCUGAUGAGAGUGAGAGAGGUAUGAAGGUUAUUGAAAACCGAGCCUUAAAAGAUGAAGAAAAAAUGGAACUCCAGGAAAUCCAACUCAAAGAAGCUAAGCACAUUGCAGAAGAGGCAGAUAGGAAGUAUGAAGAGGUGGCUCGUAAGUUGGUGAUUAUUGAGGGAGACUUGGAACGCACAGAGGAGCGAGCUGAGCUGGCAGAGUCUAAGUGUUCUGAGCUGGAGGAGGAGCUGAAGAAUGUCACCAACAACCUCAAGUCUCUUGAGGCUCAGGCGGAGAAGUACUCUCAAAAAGAAGACAAAUAUGAGGAAGAGAUAAAGAUUCUUACUGAUAAACUCAAGGAGGCAGAGACCCGUGCUGAGUUUGCUGAGAGAUCGGUAGCCAAGCUGGAAAAGACAAUUGAUGAUUUGGAAGAUGAGCUCUAUUCCCAGAAACUGAAGUACAAGGCCAUUAGCGAGGAGCUGGACCACGCCCUCAAUGACAUGACCUCUAUAUAAACUGAAAUGCACCAAAGAGGAGCACCUCUGUACACAAAGGAUGCUGGACCAGACUCUGCUUGACCUGAAUGAGAUGUAGAGCACCCCAGUCCCAUCCUGCCGCUGCUCCUCCCUCUGACUCCGCUGAGGCCAGCCUGCCCGAAGCUGACCUUUAAACUGAGGGCUGACCUUUAACUGGAAGGCUGCUUUCUCCUUUCGCCACCUCUCCCACCCCCACCCCUGUGCCCUUUUCGCCAAACUGUCUUUGCCUCUCCCCAGAGAUUCCAUUUGGGCUAGAGGCUGAGCACCUUUGGGAACAACAUUUAAGGGAAUGUGAGCACAAUGCUAAGUGUCUUUAAAAGCAUGUUGUGAUGUACACAUUUUGUAAUUACCUUUUCUGUUGUUGAUUUAGCAGCCAUUUGUAAAACAUUCCAGAUAAUUCCAUAGUUUUGAAGCAGCAGUCUAAUCCCUUUUUCACUUUUGGAAGGUAACUUUUCAGCUUAAUGCAUAUUGCCCUCUCCGUAGAGAAGGGGAAAAGGUAUGGGCCUGCCUUACUGAGAGCCAAAUGGCCCAGAGAAGGACUCCAUUCUGGGAAACCUUAUUGCUCUGUAAAAAGCACUCGCCAAACCAGAAAGGUGAUUCCAGAAGGAGUUAGCCAAAAAAAA